UAUGAUAGAUUGUUGCAUAAAUCCAUAGACAUAUCUAUUAUAUGACUAUAUACAGAUUAUGGUUUUUCCAUAUCGGUGAUAAGCUGAUAGCUGAUAAGAGAUAAUUUAAAUUUAAAAAAUAAAAAUGCCGAAUACAUGAUUAACAUUAAAACAACAGUUUUUUUUUUAAUUUGAAAUAGCUUAUGUCCUAUUUAGUUACAACUUACUAGUACUAUAUUAAUACACUAGGACUAGGUAAUAGGUACGUCAAAAGAGGCUAAGUAUCUGUUGUAAUCCUGUUCUGAAAUAUUGAAAUCAGAAAUUGAUUUCAUUUUAAUAACAAUGCUUGGCUCUUUGAAGAAUAAACGUUCUUUGACUGAUAGAAUUAGUUCUAACAGAGUUGAGAAUAAUGCACAAGUCAUCAAAAAGAGAAAACAUUUGACAGUGAAAUCUGAUACUAAUGAAAUAACUUCAAAUUCUGAUUGGAAGCCACCAAAUUGGGAAGAGACAUUGGAUAAUAUAAGAAAAAUGCGUAAAGAUAUUGUUGCACCUGUAGACAAUAUGGGAUGUGAUCAAGCUGCAGACCUAAAUGAACCACCAGAAGUGAUUAGGUAUCAUGUACUAAUUUCUUUGAUGUUAUCAAGUCAAACAAAAGAUGAAGUAAAUUUUGCAGCUAUGCAACGUUUGAAACAGCAUGGCUUGACUGUUGAUAAUAUUUUGGAAAUUCCUGACGAUAAUUUGGGAAAACUUAUUUAUCCUGUUGGAUUUUGGAAGAGAAAAGUUCAGUACAUCAAACGCACAACUCGUAUAUUAAAGGACACAUAUAAUGGUGAUAUACCAAACACAAUAAAAGACCUAUGUCAAUUGCCUGGUGUAGGACCUAAAAUGGCUCAUCUCUGUAUGAGUUGUGCCUGGAAUGAAGUUACUGGAAUUGGAGUGGACACUCAUGUGCAUAGAAUAAGUAAUCGUUUGGGAUGGGUAAAGAAAACUACCAAAACACCAGAAAAAACACGCAUAGCAUUAGAAUCUUGGUUACCUAAAGACCUUUGGCGUGAAGUUAAUCACAUGUUGGUCGGAUUUGGACAGACUAUAUGCCGACCCUUAAGUCCUCAUUGUGAUUCUUGUUUAAACAAAAAAACUUGUCCUGCUGUAAUAAAAGGCACAUAAAUGAAAAAGAAAUAAACAUUUUUUUUGCUUUUAUUAGUAAUCCUAUUUUUCAGUACUAUUAAAAUCUCACUAAUAUUAUCCAGUUUUUUUUUUUUUUAUUAUUUAUCUUGAUAUGUUCAUAUUUUUUCUACAAAAAUGAAUUUAUUAAGAUUUUUUUUUUAUAUACUUCAAUACUUUGUAAUUAAUUAAUUAAUUUUUGAAUGGUAUAUUUGCACCUUUUGAUCAGUUAAUAAAUGUAGGUGAGAUGUUUAAAAAUAUAUUUGUUUUUCUACUA